AUGGCGGUUUCUGAUGCAGUGGCUGGGAACUUGACGACGAUCUACGUGGCAGUGAUCACGGGGAUCAAGGCGUAUGGGGUGGUGUUUGGUCAGAGCUUCAGUGGUGGCUUUGUGUUAAUCGUGUCCACCAUCGUGGUGUGCCUUAUCCUGAUUGCGACUCUGACGUGGGACGUGUCCCGUAAAGCCACGUAUGCAAUCCGGCGCGACCAUUCUGUUCAUGUCCACGACAUGUGCAAGGGUGGUAUUUGCUGGCAUGGUGUCGCCGUCCAGUCGUCGGCUUCUGAGGUCCGGCUUAGGCUCCCGCACCAACUGAGCUACGGCUCGUCGUUAAAUUGA